AUCAAAGGUGGCCAACAGAUAUCAUAUACAGCUGAUUUUUUGUUCUACGGACCAUCAACUAUGGAUUUCUUUAAAAAUGUGGCGACGCUAGCCCAAAACGCCAUCGAAUCCAUCAAUAAUCCCAAUCAUUUGACCCCAGACCAGUUGAUGCAAGAAACUUAUCAUUUGCCUGCUACAGAACAUAUAAAUGACAAGAUAAGCGCAGAGUACAUUAUUACUAGCCGUGUUCUAUACAGUUUCAGCGGAGGAACGAAACAUGCUGGCAAUUAUCUACCGAUGCCAAACAGUGCCAAUGUGAGAGCUGUAGGUGAACUGAUACUUACCGAAAACUAUCUUCUAUUGAAAAAGAACGACAGUGCAUAUGACAAAACCAUUUUUCACCUGGCAACAAUCGAUAAGGUACAGAAAAUCCCAAACGUCGAACUUGUUCAGGUGAGGCUUUCCACACACAAUGGAAUGAUUUUGGAUGUUUUGUCUGAUACUAUAAGAACAAAAGCCGAAUAUUUUUGGCACACACUAUCGAAACACCACCAAGCUGCAAAGCAUCAAGUUCCUAAAUUGAUUGAAUUUCAAAAAAGCCUAUACUCUGAGUACUUGAUCUCCAAAAACUGCAAAAACUCUAAACUAGGGGAGAAACAUAUUGACAUUACUUCUCAUCCCAAAGGAGGUCUAGGAUUACAGUUCAAAUUUCCUGGCGAUCAAAGUAAGGAACAAGAAGUUGUCAAGCUUAAACGUUGGUUUGAAUACUCACGCAGAUAUGGGAGAAACUUAGAGCUGGUAGAGAACCAAAUUUUCAGUAGUUUGAUCUUAGUCGGCAUUCCAAAUAGGCUAAGAGGUGAAAUUUGGGAGUUGUCAUACGGUGCCAUGUAUUUAAGAUUCGAAAAUGUAGGUGAAUAUGAGAAAAUUUUGGCUGACAACUCAGGAAAGAAAUCUUUUGCAAUAGAAGAAAUUGAAAAAGAUCUAAAUAGGUCUUUGCCAGAGUAUCCAGCAUUUCAAACCAAGGAAGGUAUAAACAAGUUGAGAAGAGUUUUGACAGCAUACUCAUGGAAAAAUCCUGAAAUAGGAUAUUGUCAGGCAAUGAACAUAGUGGUUGCUGCCUUACUUAUCUUUAUGACCGAAGAGCAAGCCUAUUGGACUCUCAUUGUUUUGUGCGACAAAUUAAUUCCGGGAUAUUAUUCAAAGACUAUGUACGGUGUCUUACUCGAUCAAAAGGUAUUUGAAGCUUUAGUGAAAAAGACAAUACCUGCUAUCGGUGAUCAUUUUGUCAAGCACGAUAUCCAGCUUUCCAUAGUAUCAUUACCAUGGUUCCUGUCGUUUUUCCUCAAUACUAUGCCUUUAGUUUUCGCAUUUAGAGUCAUAGAUGCAUUCUUUUAUAAUGGUCCAAAAACGUUAUUUCAGGUUGCAUUGGCUAUAAUUAAGGUCAAUUCUGAAAAAUUGCUCAGUUGUUCAGAUGAUGGGGAAUGCAUUGCUGUGUUCAAGGAAUACUUCAUUGGUUUGGAUGAGGUACAGCCAAGCCACGAAAAACUCAAAAGGAAAUUCGAUAUUUUGUGGGAAGUGGCCUUCAAUGAGUUUCAUGUAGUAGAUGAUAAAGUACUUCAGAAAAACAGAAAUGCUUUCAAAAAUGAAGUUUUCCAAGGAAUUGACUUGUUCGUUAAAAGAGCAGAAAUUAGGAACUUACCUAAAACUCUACAUCUUACGAACGACAACUUGUCAAAUAUCUAUGACAGGUAUUACAGUAAACUCCUGCAAGAUAAUUCUGCUCCUAAUCGUGGUAAUGUUUCAAUGGAUUUUGAAGCAUUUAAGAUAUUCAUGUCUGAAAUAACAGUUUGGGUCAAUCUUGAACGUAACACAAGGGAUCAGGACAGUUUCCUUCAGCGAUUGUAUGAUAAUUGGUCAGAUGAGUCAGGGGAAAUGCACUUGGAAAGUCUAGUGUUAGGAUUGAAUAAACUGGUUGAUAAAGACCUGAUGAAUGCAUUGUCUAAUUUCUUCGCUCUGUACGAUACAGAUAAGAAUGGAAAGAUUUCUAAAGAGACUGUUUUAGAAUUGGCAGAAGAUUUAAUAUUUAUUACCACACCAUGGCGUGAGGGGCUGAUUUUUGAUUCCAUAGCGAACCGAGAGUUAGAGGAUCAGAUUGCAGAAAGAUUAGUCCAAAGAAGACAAUUACUGAAACAACAAGGAGUGCAGCUGAAUGACGAUGCUGAGAUUGCUAUUCCAGAUGAAGUCAAAUUUGAUGAAGAGAAAUGGAGAACUAAACAAAGUGUUCGAUACUUAUCUGCAAGCUCCAACUUUUUGCAACUUGCCUUCAAGUACGCCCAACCAUAUGAAGAUCCAGAUGCUCCCUUGAUCAAUCUGGAAGACGAUGACAACGAUGCUAGUCUGUCCAAUAAGAAGCUUGACAGUAUCACUCAUAACAAAGCUCUUGAUCCGACACAUCCAGUUUAUAUUACAGCUUCCAUGUUCCGGAUGGUGAUAUUGGCAAACGAAACUUAUUCCUCUUUUUUUGAGAAUCAAUUCUGGAGAUCAUUUGAGCUUGAUAAGCCUGGAAGUAUGGAAAACGGUGUUUUUGGUGGGAUGGUAGGAAACAUUCGUGGGAUGGUUAACAACGUAAUGGCAGAUGGUGCCAGGGUUGCAACACAGGUCAGAAAGAAGAUGGAUGAGGCCAGAUCUCGUGGCGAUACAGUCAACAGCAUUGAGAGUGGAUCAAGUUCAUUUGAAUUGAAUUCUGAUGUAUCUAACUUUGCAAAGGCCAACGGAAAUAAUAGGACCAGCAUGGAUAGUAAAGGGGCAGACAGUGUCAUGACUGGGUGGACACUAGAAUCAGGUGCACUAGCAGAUAACUUCGAUGAUGCCAACAUCGAAGAUUUAAUGGAGGUCCCUGAAGAGAAACGAUUACUGGAAAAUAAUGAUGACGAUGGAAUUAUAGAGCAGGCCAAAAACAAAGAAGAGACUUCGACCAACUCUAAGCAGAAUGAGGACACAGACGAUGAUGAGUUUGGCAGUUUUAUCCCCGCUGCAGGUGACAACGUUGCCAUUGAAAAGGUGGCCAACGGAAUUAAAGAUAUGACUUUAUGAUAAGAACGAUUAUGGCGUCCACGUUUAUUUUUACACAGAAGUUUUAGGAUAUAGUUGCAUAUAUAAAUAACUAGAGAAAGGAAAUCAUUUUUGAUCGUUAGUUC